UAUUAUAAUUUGACAUAAACAAAACUUGACCUUUUAGUAAAUAUUUGACUAUUUGCAAUUUAGAAAAGAAAUCAUGGAUGUAUCAUUUCCAUACCAGAAGAAACGAAGUGAAUUUGGAAGACAAUGCCUAUUUUCAGACAGAGGACCUGAAUUAAUAGACAACUUUCCUUCAAUUAGGAAAUUAUAUAAAGAAUUUGUGCUAAAAGAUCCUGUGACGCGCUACCAACAAUGCGCUCCGGUACAAGCGGAACAUUAUUUGAAUACUAUGAGAGCAGAAUUUGCAAAUGUCAGUGUCAAUCAUGUUGAAGGAGGAUGGCCCAAAGACGUUAAUAUCGCAGAUGAAGAACAAACUAAGAGAUAUCGGCGUAAAAUUGAAAAAGAUGAACAAUUUUACAAUAUUAUGAUGAACUUAUUUAAAAAUAUGGAUAAUUGUAUUUUGCAAAAUAAUGCUUUGAAUAUAUAUCAACAGUACUUCUCCGAUGUAGAACCAAUGCCCCCGGUUAAACGAAGCUCAGCCAGAACAGUUAAUGUUUAUCAGGAUCCAUCACAACCUACAAGACCUAUCACUCAUAUUUCUUGGUCUCCAGAUAACCAAACCAAGUUAGCUAUAUCUUAUUGUGAUCUGAUAUUUCAAAACCACGUACCUAAACAAGCAAAGGUUUCGUACAUAUGGGAAGUAGAAAAUCCCAACAGACCCUUGCAUAUUUUAAAACCAGAUGAUUAUAUCGUAUGUUUGGAAUAUAACCAAAAGGAUCCGCAUAUUUUGGCCAGCGGUCAAUUUGGCGGUCAAGUUGCUGUAUGGGAUGUGCGUAAAGGUAUGGAACCAGUUGAAGUGAGUGUCAAAGAGAACAGUUUUAUUGACCCUGUGCAGAAUCUACUUUGGAUACAUUCCAAGACAGGAACAGAAUUUUUUAGUGCAUCGAGCGAUGGUGAAAUAAAAUGGUGGGACACCAGAAAACUAUCAGAGCCCACAGACACCCUUAUUUUAGAUUAUGCCAAAGAAGAAGAACAACAGUUCUCAAAAGCUUUGGGUGUUUCUGUUCUAGAGUACGAGGUAACAAUCCCAACUAGGUUUAUGGUUGGCACGGAACAGGGUACCAUUAUUUUUGGAAAUCGAAAGGGAAAAACGGCAAUAGAGAAAAUGGUGGGUAAAAUUCCAAAUGCUCAUAUGGGACCAAUCGUAGCUCUUCAACGAAAUCCAGCGUUCCCUAAGAAUUUCUUGACCAUUGGCGACUGGACUGCUAAAAUCUGGACAGAAGACUGUAGAGAGAGCAGUAUUAUAUGGACUGGUUUCCAUAAAUGUGCUUUAACAGACGGUGCCUGGAGUCCUACUAGAUUAUCGUGCUAUUUUACAACGAGAUCUGAUGGUAUAUUCGAUGUGUGGGAUGUUCUUCAACACCAAAAGCAAGCUAGCCUGAGCGUACGAGUAUGCGAAGAAAGGUUAAAUUGUUUAAAAACCCAUGAUCAGGGUAGACUUGUUGCUAUGGGAAAUCAAAAUGGUACUGCUUACUUGGUAGAACUCAGUGAGAAUCUUUCCUCUCUGGUUAAAAACGACAAGAUGUUGCUGACCUCUAUGCUUGAACGGGAAACAAAAAGAGAGAAGAUUCUUGAAGCUCGUAAUAGAGAAAUUCGUCUAAAACUAAGACAGGCACAAUCUGAUACUAAACAAGAAGGACAAGAAGAACAAGAUGAUCGGGAAGGCAAGGAGGGAGAAGAAGGGGAAGAAGGUGAGGGGACCGAAUUUUUGAAUAAGACUGUUCGCAACAUAGAAACCAAUUUUUACAAUUUUGUCGAAACAGAACUGGAAAAAUUAAAACCUGCGGAAGACACUAGAUUUGACGAAACAUCAGGUCGGAUGUCGGAUGUUGAAGAUUCGAGGGAAGGGGAUACUAUAGAAGAGCACUAACUAAUAAUAGAAUAAUGCAGAAUAAAUAAACCUGAUAAAAAUUAGCCAAAAAAUAAUAUAAAAGUUAAUUGUUGUCUUUAGAAAAGCCAGAUUAUAUUUUUAGUUUUUUUUAAUAAUUGUAUUUUUCUUUACUCAAUAUA